AUACCUCUCAUCACUUCCACUCUACUCAAGAUUUGGCUAGCUCUCUCUCCGGUAAUAUCUUUGUAAAUCUCUAUUUUUCGAUCGUUGAUUCUGCAUGGGCAGCUUGAUACACAACAACGGGAUAUGUCCAGAACCAGAACCAGGUACAGGAGGAUGGGGCAUCCAGAUUGUUGAGUCUGAGAUGAAAAACACUCAGAGUGGAGCCUACUUAACGUGGGAGGAUAUUGGGGUAACUGUUUCAAGCUCUAAUUGGAGUGUAGGCAAAGAACAAAUACUCACCGGUGUUACUGGUUAUGCUAAACCAGGUGAGAUUGUUGCCAUUAUGGGCCCUUCCGGCUGUGGCAAGUCCACUCUCCUUGAUUCUUUGGCUGGGCGAUUGGCUUCAAACAUAAGACGCAGUACUGGACGAAUUCUAAUAAACGGUCGUAAACAAAGACUUACAUAUGGUACAAUGUCGUAUAUGGCGCAAGAACAAGUUUUAACAUGGACUCUAACGGUUAAGGAAACAGUAUACUACUCAGCUGAACUUCAGCUACCUAAGUCGAUGCCAAAAUCAGAAAAAAGACAGAGAGCUGAUAGAAUUAUAAGGGAGAUGGGACUCCAAGAUUCUUUGAACACAAGAAUUGGAGGCUGGGGAAUCAAAGGACUUAGUGGAGGCCAAAGGCGGCGUCUAAGCAUCUGUUUAGAACUCUUGACACACCCCAAAAUUCUGUUGCUUGAUGAGCCUACAAGUGGUCUUGACAGCGCAUCAUCAUUCUAUGUCAUGAACCAGAUUGUGAAGCUCACUCAAGAAUACCAGAUGACGGUUUUAACAGCGAUUCAUCAACCUAGUAGUCAAGUUUUCGGGCUUUUCAACAAUCUUUGUCUUCUCUCUUUGGGGAAAGCAGUAUACUUUGGUCCUACUUUUGCAGCAAACCAGUUUUUUGCAGUAAAUGGUUUUCCUUGUCCAGAUCUACAAAAUCCUGCAGAUCACUACCUCAUGACUAUAAAUACUGAUUUUAAUGAGGAUACCGUUGGUGGAAAGAUUCUUGUUGAGAAAGUAAUCGAAGAACUAGCAGCAUCCUACAAGUCAUCUAAUAUAUAUAAGAAAGUCCGUUCUGAUAUAGAUACUCUAUGUGGAGUGGAAGGAGACAUCAUUGAGAAAAGAGGAAGUAUGCAAGCCAAUUUCAUUACACAAUGUUUGGUUCUAACAGAAAGAUCGUUCAUAAAUAUGUAUCGCGAUCUAGGAUACUACUGGUUGCGACUUGGUAUAUAUAUUGGUUUGGGUUCCGCAUUAGGAACACUCUUUUACCAAAUUGGUUUGGGAUUCGACUCAGUAAAUGCUAGGAUUUCAAUGCUCAUGUUUGUUUCUACAUUCCUGACCCUUUUAGCCAUUGGUGGGUUCCCGUCUUUCGUGGAGGAAAUGAAGGUUUUUCAACUGGAAAGAUUAAAUGGGCACUACGGAGUUGGAUCAUUUGUUGUCAGCCAUACCAUCUCCUCAACGCCAUACCUACUUGUGAUCUCUUUAAUACCAGGAGCUAUAGCUUACUCCCUCGUAGGGCUACAACGAGAACCCAGGCUAUUCAUCUAUUUCUCAUUAGUUGUCUUUGUGUCAAUGUUGUUGGUUGAAGGUCUUAUGAUGCUCGUAGCUGCUGUUGUUCCAAAUUUGCUCAUGGGCAUCAUUUCUGGCGCUGGGAUCGUAGGAUUGAUGAUACUGGGUGCAGGGUUCUUUCGUUUGCCAAACGAUCUACCAUAUUUCUUCUGGAAAUACCCUUUGUACUAUAUUUCACUCCACAGUGCAUUGCACAUCGAGACGGGAGUUUCUAAGUGGAUUGAUCUUGGAAUCUUGUUUGGUAUGGCUGUCGCAUACAGGAUAAUACUCUUUUGUGCUAUUAAAGCGACAGAGAGAGUAAGGCCUAUUAUUAAAGCUUUCAUAUCGAAAUCUACUUUUGGAAACUAG